AUGGCAUCAUCAUUACUAGAAGCACAGAGAUCAUCUUUAGAAGAGCUGGAUCGCAUAGAGCAGGCAAUUUCUGAGCGUAUUACUCGAAAUCCUGCUAUUUUACCUGACAAUGCACGUCUAUCAGCAUCUUCAGAAUUACACGGACGUCGCAAACGACCUUUCAAGGAAACAGUUUUACAGGAGCAAGAAGUUGGUAGAUUUGUGAAGCGCUAUCGUGAACAGUGUGAGUUUCUUGAAAAAUCAUUUUUAGAAACUGGCCCUAAUGCUGUUGCACGUAAAAAAGAACUGGCCGAGUUGGCAACUACUGACGAUGCACGGGUGUCACUUCUCGACAACUUUUACAGACAAGCAAACGCGGUUAAGGAAUAUCAUCGACGGUAUCCUAAUCAGGAGGUUGAAGACUUACAUGCACAAUAUCAAAUGGGAAUUGUUUCUCUGCGAAAACAACGCGAAAUGCUGGAAAGUGGUGUGCUAGCCGAGGGAUUGGAGUUAGAAGAGAAUCCAGAAGUCGCAGCUGCAGGAGGUUCACAACAAGCAGCUGCUGUUGCAAAUCUCCUUGCAGCCGAGUCUAAGGGAACUGCGAUUUUGUUAAGUUCUAUGGCUGCAGAUUUAAAUCUGGACGCGAUUUUUUCUGGCGAAGAGAGUUACGGCAAGUAUAUUGACUUGGUGGCGUUCCAUGAACGGUUCACCAAUCUCAAGCUUGGAAACACAUCAGGUACAGCAGCUGCAGAGCAACGACAUGCACUCACAUACAUUCAAUAUCUUGACAUUUUUUCUAGUUUUUCUCAUGUCGAGCUGUUUCCUGUUGCUCGACUACGCGACGAGAUAUACUUUACAUAUGCUGCAGAACUGCAUCAGUAUAUUGAACGCUUUUUCCGCAAAACCCACAUUCUCGAAAACACAGACAAGAUUGUGUCCAAGAUCGAGGCCGAUUUUGAGACGGCGUGGACUAAAAAACUGCCGUUCCCAGGCUGGACAUUCCAGGCAGAAAGCACAGUGGCUCGUGAUGGGGUCGAAACUCCAGAAGGAUUUUAUUGCACGCCCUGCGGCAAGUAUUUUGCUAAGGAAACAGUGUACUGGGCCCACUUAACUGGAAAAAAGCAUGUCAAAAAUUCGAAGCAAUUAGAGCUGGUUGCCAGAAAAACCGAAAGCAGUGAAGCAACAGCUUCUGCAGACGCGGAAGAGCAGUUGCGACUCAAGCUUCUUGCAAUGCACGAGUAUUUCACAUAUCACCUGGUGCAGCUUCUUCAGAAACACAUUACAGAUACAAGGAACAAUGUGGAGCGACGUCGCGCGCUUACUGACCGCGAACGACAGCUGGAGCUUGCCGCCCUCGAAGCUGCCGACACAGCUCUAUUAGCAGAGCUUGAUAAUCCGGGAGGACAUGGAGGAGAAAAUGGUAAUGGCGAUGGAAACGAUUCAGACUCGGAUUCCGAUGACAUUGUGUACAACCCACUCAAGUUACCUCUUGGUCAUGACGGAAAGCCUAUUCCAUUCUGGUUGUGGAAGCUUCAUGGGCUGGGUGUACAAUAUCCAUGUGAAAUUUGCGGAAACUACGUUUACAUGGGCCGUAUGGCGUUUGACAAGCACUUUGUUGAGGCUCGUCAUGUACACGGCCUUCGAUGUUUGGGAAUUACGCCAGGACUACUUUUCAAGGGUGUUGUUAGUAUCGCUGAUGCUAUGGCACUUUGGGAAAAAAUCAAGCGUGAAAAUCGACAAGAGGAGAGUCAUCGUGAAAAUGCCAUUGAAAUGGAAGACGAUGAAGGUAAUGUUAUGUCUGAAAAAGUCUAUAACGAUCUUAAAAAACAAGGGUUAUUGUAA